GACUGGGAUGGAGAACUAACAGUAACCACUAACCGAUCCAUAAAAAUUCCCCUUUUUCCGAUCAAUCGUCUUCAGAUCCAAAUCCAUUCCGUCAUGCCGUCUUCUCUCCUCCUCCUCCUCCUCCUCACCGCUUCCUUUCUUCUUAUCUCCUCACCGGUCUUCGCUUCAGAGUAUGAUCACAAGUAUCAACCAGAUGAAGCAGUUAAACUUUGGGUAAACAAAGUUGGGCCUUACAAUAACCCACAGGAAACAUAUAACUACUACAGCCUUCCGUUUUGUCGUAAACCUAGUAACCCUGGGCAUAAGUGGGGUGGCCUGGGUGAAGUAUUGGGUGGAAAUGAACUUAUUGAUAGUCAAUUUGACAUCAAGUUUCAAAAGAACGUGGAGAAGGCUACAAUUUGUGAACUUCAACUUGAUGAAUCAAAGGUUAACCAGUUUAAAGAAGCCAUCGAGAAUAACUAUUGGUUUGAAUUUUUCAUGGACGAUCUGCCGUUCUGGGGUUUCGUUGGGGAGCUACAUACUGAUAGGAAUAGCGAUAGCAAGCAUAUGCUAUUCACCCAUAAGAAUAUUACCAUACAUUACAACAAAGAUCAGAUCAUUCAUGUUAAUCUCACUCAAGAGAACCCAAGACCACUGGAAGCUGGGAAAACCCUAGACAUGACUUACUCCGUCACGUGGACUGAAACUAAUAUCACUUUUGCACGCCGUUUUGAUGUUUACUUGGAUUACCAUUUUUUUGAGCAUCAGAUUCAUUGGUUUUCUAUUUUUAACUCGUUUAUGAUGGUUAUCUUCCUCACCGGGUUGGUUUCAAUGAUUUUGAUGCGGACUCUUAGAAAUGAUUAUGCUAAGUACGCUCGCGAAGACGAUGAUCUAGACAGUCUGGAAAGAGAUGUAAGUGAAGAAUCCGGUUGGAAGCUUGUGCAUGGGGAUGUAUUCCGACCACCGCGUAAUUUGGCUUUAUUGUCGGCAGUGGUUGGAACGGGUGCUCAGUUGGCUCUACUGAUUCUUCUUGUCAUUUUGUUUGCAAUUGUUGCAACGUUGUACAUUGGGCGAGGAGCAAUUGUCACUACGUUCAUUGUCUGCUAUGCCCUGACGUCAUUUGUCUCUGGAUACGUGAGUGGCGGCAUGUAUUCACGCCAUGGUGGUAAAAACUGGAUAAAGUCGAUGAUCCUGACCGCAUCGCUUUUCCCAUUUUUGUGCUUUGGGAUCGGCUUUGUUCUGAACACGAUUGCUAUAUUUUACGGGUCUCUAGCAGCAAUUCCGUUUGGCACAAUGGUGGUUGUUUUUGUUAUAUGGGCGUUUAUCUCUUUCCCUCUUGCUCUUCUCGGUACAGUUGUUGGAAGGAACUGGAGUGGGGCCCCAAGCAACCCUUGUCGUGUAAAAACCAUUCCUCGCCCUAUUCCCGACAAGAAGUGGUAUCUCACACCGUCUGUAGUCUCCGUAAUGGGAGGACUGCUACCUUUCGGCAGUAUUUUCAUCGAAAUGUACUUUGUCUUCACAUCGUUUUGGAACUACAAGGUGUACUAUGUUUAUGGGUUUAUGCUACUUGUUUUUCUGAUUCUCAUCAUCGUGACCGUGUGCGUUACAAUUGUGGGAACGUAUUUUCUGCUAAAUGCCGAGAAUUACCACUGGCAAUGGACUUCCUUCUUCUCUGCAGCCUCUACCGCUAUUUAUGUCUACUUGUAUUCGAUAUAUUACUAUUAUGUCAAGACCAAGAUGUCGGGCUUUUUCCAAACCAGCUUCUACUUCGGAUACACUGCAAUGUUCUGCUUUGGUUUAGGAAUUCUUUGUGGAGCUGUGGGGUAUCUGGGCUCUAAUCUCUUUGUGAGACGGAUUUACCGAAACAUCAAGUGUGAUUAAGGAAGGCUUUUAACAGAACGCCACAAUGGCCUUCCAGGUUUUGUAGUUUAUUUUGUCGAUACCAUAUGAAGAUUUGAAGCCGAUUUAAAAGGGGUGUUCACCGACUAGUUUUUUUCAAACCUUUACAAUGAAUGUAGAAGAAAGGUUUAGAAAAAAAGUUGUUACGAGAAUGGGGUGGGGGUUAGUAGGGUUGAGUUCAAGAGUCAAGACAUUGUUAAUGUAGCACGCUCUUAACAAACAACUUGUCAUAUACAUAUUCUAUUGUAUUCUUAUUCAUCAGCCAUUCCAUAAGAUAAACUCAAAACGGCA